AUGAAGAAUGGAGCCACCAAGCCAAAGUUUGAACUUCGACAAGCAGCCAAGGAGAGAAACACAACUAUUGGCCAUAAUGCAACAAAUGAAAUCGGCGCCACCCAAGCGAGUGCAACAAUAACAACUGCUUCACCUUUGGAAAGUCAGGGUGAUAAAGGAGCUGAGACUUUUGACAUGGUGUCCGGUCAGCUUCCUGUGGCUAAUAACUCAGCAUAUGCAUUGAUGGACACUGGUGCAUACCAUUAUUCUAUUGCUGCAUCUUAUGUUGAUAAGAUAGAUAGGAAGUCUAAGCCUAUGGAAAAUGUAUGUGGUGUAUCCUUACCUUCGAGGGAGGAUAUGAUGGGCAGUGUGAAUUGCAAACGAAGAAAGGUGACUUUUAACCCACCCGGGAAAGAACCAUUCGUGUUCAAAGGCACAGCCCGCGAGAAGAAUUUUGCUAUCAUCUCCACCUUGAAGGCUACGAAAUUACUGGAUGAUAGAUGUAUCAACUACCUGGCAAACAUAAUAGACAAGGAUAGGGAGUCUAAGCUACAACCAACUGAGGUAGCAGUGGUGUGCAAAUUUUUGGAAGUGUUUCCUAAGGAUCUUCCAAGGAUACCCCUAGACCGAGAAGUCGAGUUCAAGAUUGAGUUGAUUCCAGACACUGCACCUAUUUCAAAGGAACCAUACCGGAUGGCACCGGUAGAGCUUAAAGAACUACAAGCACAAUUACAAGACUACCUAGAUAAAGGAUUUAUACGACCAAGUAAUUCUCCUUGGGGAGUCCCGGUACUAUUCGUGAAAAAGAAAGACGAUGAGAAUUUGAAUAGACUACCACGAACUCAAUAA